UUAGAGAAGAUGGCUCCUGGAAAUGGUUCUUUCGUGACUGAAUUCAUUCUGGUGGGGUUAACAGACAAACCAUAUCUUCAACUCCCCCUGUUCUUACUCUUUCUAGGAAUGUAUAUGGUCACUGUGUUGGGAAAUUUGGGAUUGAUAAUCCUAAUUGGGAUAAAUUCACACCUACAUACCCCCAUGUACUUUUUCCUCUUUAACCUGUCCUUCACAGACCUCUGUUAUUCUUCUGUGUUUACACCCAAAAUGUUGAUUAACUUUAUAUCAAAGAAGAAUAUUAUUUCUUACAGAGGCUGCAUGACUCAGCUCUACUUUUUCUGUUUUUUUUGUAUUUCUGAAAUCUAUGUAUUGACAUCAAUGGCCUAUGAUCGUUAUGUGGCCAUCUGUAACCCCCUUUUAUACAACAUCGCCAUGUCUCCUAAAAUGUGUUCCAGCCUUAUCCUUGGUUCAUACUUGAUGGCAUUUUCUAGUGCCAUGGCUCACACUGGAAGCAUGCUGAGAUUGACCUUCUGUGAUGUAAACACCAUCAAUCAUUAUUUCUGUGACAUCUACCCUCUCUUCCAGCUGUCCUGCAUGAGUACCUAUGUCAGUGAGCUGGAAGUUUUCAUUUUGUCAAGCAUCAACAUCAUUGUGCCCAGUCUUACCAUCUUUUUUUCUUAUAGUUUCAUCCUCUCCACCAUCCUUCACAUCAGUUCCAAGGAGGGUAGGUCCAAAGCUUUCAGCACCUGCAGUUCCCACAUGAUUGUCAUUUCUCUGUUCUUUGGAUCAGGGGCAUUUAUGUAUCUCAAACCAUCUUCUGCUGAGUCUAUGGAUGAAGGAAAAGUCUCUUCUGUUUUUUAUACCAAUGUGAUCCCCAUGAUGAACCCCUUAAUUUACAGUUUGAGGAACAAAGAUGUUAAAAUUGCUCUGAGAAAAACCCUGGGGAGAAGAAAGUUUUGA